UGCCUUCACUGUAAAAAAACACAGAGAGAGAGCAGUGCAUUCAGAGACAGAGAGAGAGAGAGAGAGAGAGAGAGAGAGAGAGAGAGAGAGAGAGAGAGAGGGGAGGGAUGGAAAUAGAGUAAGAGGGUUACUACUACUGCGCAUAAACACAGAUCUGAUCAAACUUGGGUUCAGUCAGAAGGCAGAAAACUUAUCCAGAUCGACCCGGCUCGGCCUGCACCGUCAAACUCACUUGUUGAGUCAACGCAACAGCACACAGAAAGAAAACUUGCGGAACUUGACGCGCGCUUGGAUGCAUACGCGGACUUAUUAUUGUAAAUGCGUUUGAGUUUCAGAGGUUAAUGCGCACUCGUUGAACAGACGGAUCGGUUUUAAAUGACCUGCUGACAAUUUGCCAAUGACAGAAAGAACACAAACAAACGGACGGACUUAAUAAAAAUUGUCAAAAUUGUUUUGUUCAAUUUCAGGUGAUCGGAAGUAAAAACCGAACCUGUGGAUUAAACGGAGGAGUUUGGACUUUUUUUAACUUUCGUGUUGAGUGCAUGAACGUUUGAUAAAAACGAUGGAAGUAGGUCCGGAGCAGCCUCGCUGGAUAACCCAUCAUCACCCGGUCAUUAACGGCCAGCAUCCCGAAUCACACCACCCGGGACUGGGACACUCCUACGUGGAACCAUCGCAGUAUCCACUUGCGGAAGAUAUGGAAGUAUUGUUUAAUAUCGACAACGGACAGAGCAACCAUCCGUACUACGGGAACUCAGUUCGGGCCGUGCAGAGAUACCCACCGCCACCUCACAGUAGCCAGGUGUGUCGCCCAUCAUUGCUGCAUGGCUCUCUUCCUUGGCUUGAUGGAAGUAAAGGCAUCGGCCCUCAUCACAGUACCUCUCCCUGGAACCUCGGCCCUUUCCCAAAAACCUCCCUUCACCACAGUUCCCCUGGGCCUCUGUCUGUUUAUCCUCCAGCUUCUUCCUCUUCGCUGUCUGGUGGCCACUCCAGCCCACACCUAUUCACCUUUCCACCCACUCCACCCAAAGAUGUAUCCCCUGAUCCAUCCAUUUCCACAUCAGGCUCUAUCUCAACCGUACGGCAAGAGGACAAAGAAUGCAUUAAGUACCAGGUGUCUCUGAGCGACAGUAAGCUGGAUUCAGCUCAUAGUCGAAGCAUGGCCUCUUUGGGAGCGGGCAUGUCCUCUGCGCACCACCCCAUCGCCACUUACCCUUCCUAUGUGUCCGAUUAUGGGCCGGGGCUCUUCCCACCAAGUAGCCUGAUAGAGGGUAGAGAAUGUGUUAACUGCGGGGCCACCUCGACUCCUCUGUGGCGGAGGGAUGGCACCGGUCACUAUUUGUGUAACGCCUGCGGACUGUACCACAAGAUGAACGGACAGAACCGACCCCUCAUCAAGCCCAAGCGGAGGCUGUCUGCAGCAAGACGAGCGGGGACCUCGUGCGCAAACUGUCAAACGACCACGACGACACUGUGGCGGAGAAAUGCGAACGGCGAUCCCGUCUGCAAUGCCUGCGGCCUCUAUUACAAAUUACACAAUAUCAACCGACCUCUCACCAUGAAGAAAGAGGGCAUCCAGACCCGGAACCGGAAGAUGUCCAGCAAAUCCAAGAAGAGCAAAAAGUCCCAUGAUAGCAUGGACGAUUUCUCCAAAAGCUUGAUGGAAAAGAACAGUUCCUUCAGCCCUGCCGCCCUCUCGCGUCACAUGACCUCCUUUCCUCCCUUCUCGCACUCCGGCCACAUGUUGACCACACCCACUCCCAUGCACCCCUCCUCUAGCUUGCCCUUCGCCCCGCACCACCCUUCCAGUAUGGUCACAGCGAUGGGCUAGAGCACCUUACUACCUCCGAUCUCCAACUUUCCCUACGGUGGACAUCUCAAAGCACCGUUAACCUUAAAGCCUGUGACCUACCGCAACACUCCGAUCUCGAAUCAGCUCUUUCAUGUCCAUUCCGAAGACAGCUGGUGCCCAACUUCCCCACUUCAAUAUGACCUGCCUAAUCCCCUCCUCCCAAAUGACAAGGAAAGACUGUGAGAAAGAGACAAAGACAAUGACUUUCUUCAUCGCAAAAGCUUUGACCGUGCGCUAACGUCAACUUUCAUUUGUGUACAAAUGCCAUCUUUCCUGCGGGCAACCAGGGCAUCAAGGCAGAAACAUAUAAGACUUUAAAUCAACCCUUUCCGAUUCCUGAACCUGUAUGUCCUCUUCUUCACCCACGUGAGACAGGAACUGAGCUGUGAAUGACGACCGGAGAUGAACUCUGCAUAUAUUUGUAAAAAUUGUUCAUUUAAUGAAGACUUUUUAAAGAGCAUAUUAAAAAAGGCUUGGAGAGGAAAUGCCUUUGGGCAGCUAAUGAUAAGAAGGGUACGACUCAAACCUGGAAGAUGGAAAGAUGUGGCAAUGCAGUCAUUAUUUUUCCAAAAUACAGUUGGUAGAUGAGGGAGGAAAAGUAGAAGAAACGAAAGGGUAAUGGUGUGUAAUGCAUUAAAACUUGUAGUCAAGUCUGUCCAGCAGACUCCCAGCUACUUUUCUGGAUGUGUUAUAGGUCUUGGGCAAUUGGUUUGUGUUCACACAUACACACACACGCACACACAUUUGCACGCACAUACACACACAUAAAUAUAUAUAUAAAUAUACACCCGAAAGACUUCUCUGGGCCCAGGUUAUAUGCAUUGUGAAAAAAGUUACUGUAUUUGUUAUUUGUAUGUAUAAUUCAGAGUACCAAAAAUACGAAAGAAACAAAGAUGUAGAAUUAUUUCUUUAUGUAAUGCAGACUGAAUGGUUGUACAAAUUUAAUAAUCACUAGUGUAAAAAAGACUUGCUUUUUGUUGCGUAAUUCUUUUCUCUUUGAAAAUAAUAAACUAGUUUAAUCCGUUGA